CGAAUUGUUAAAAUAUUUAUAAAUAGAUAAACAAGUAGGUUACAUGGUUUUCAGAAAAUGUAGAUAAAUAUAUAGGUUAUCUUAAAAUAGUAUGAGGAAGCAAAAUGACAAUUUUCAGAUAGAUAUUCCUUGGAAGGUACUGUUAGGUUGGGAAAGGAAGGAGACCAGAUAAAAUGGAAGUUGAGGAAAGAUUGUUGUUCUACAGUCAGGAGAUUACAAGAUGCAUCAAGGAGCCAUCUGUCAUUUCUCAUCUCGAGGCAGAUUCAAUUAUACCUUCUGACGACUGUUCAAAGAUAAAGAAGAUAUUUAUAGAUGCCGAUCCUUUUAAAGCCAAUGAAAUGAUGAUCGACUGUCUUAUGAAAUCAUCUGCACAAGGGAAAUGGAAAUCAUUAUUGACCGCUUUGGAAAAAUCAGAAUAUGUCUACAUCAAGUCCUUACUGGAAACGGAAGGCAAACCAAGUAUGAAAGAUGAACGCGAAAAGGCAAUUAUCAGAGUAUUCAUAUCUUACCUAGAGAAGAAUAUUGAUGCAAUGGAUAUCGUUGCUGAGCUUUUUUCAAGAAAAGUUAUAAACGACACGGAUGCCGAGUUAAUUCGUGCUCAAUAUCACAAUAAAGGGAACACAUAUGCAACAAUCGUGCUUUUAGACAGAAUGCAAUGCAGACUGGCUCCAGGCGAAUGGUUUUAUCAAUUUCUCGAUGUAUUGGUUCAAAAAAACCUCAAACACAUUGUCAAAGAAAUCGAGCCAGACUUUUUGCAAUACCCCGAGCGAUUCGGAUCUUCUCAUGAAUCAGUAGAGAAAUGUAUUGACUGUGACAAAAAAGACAUGGCUGUUGAGGCAUGUGAAAUGAAAUUACCUGUAUCCAUAAAGUCCGGUGACAUUCAAGAACACGUUCUUACGGAGUAUUCUAGCGUAGCUACUGACAUGGCCAGCCAUUGCAUGGUUUCAGAAAUAGACAUGAAUGACUGUAAAUCUUCUUCAAGUUCUUCUGACUAUGAAGAUGCUCUAGAAGAAAUUGACGAACACGUUUAUACACCUCAUGCUCUUGAAGGAGAUGAUAUUGAGUCACAUACGAAUGAAGCAAAAGACACAUGCAUAUCUCUAGACAGAUUUGCCUUGAACUCUUGCAGUGAAAAUACAGAUAGAAUCGAAACCUCUCAAGAUGAUAUAACAGAGCUGAAUGCGACUAUACAACUUGGAGAAAGAGCACCUCCAGAGGGACGGAACUUUGAGCCUGAUGUAACAGCUGAGAUUACAACACAGAAUGAUACAGAUGUUCAAAACGAUGAAAUUCCUUUAACAGAAGAACUGACAAGCGAGACAGAAGAAUCUGACGAUUUCAGUGACGCAGAUGAAACAACGGAGUCAAAAUCUUUUGAAGAGAAAUUGUAUCCUUUCCAACAUGAACUCGCAGGGAAGGCAUUAGCGGGCGAAAACACUAUCAUAGUUGCUCCGACUGGAAGUGGAAAAACAUGGGUGGCAACACACAUUAUUGAUAGACAUUUAAAUAUGCCAACAGAAGGAGGAAAGAAAAGAAGAGUUGUCUUCAUGGCUCGCAAUGGAAUACUUGUAGAGCAACAAAAGAACUUCAUCUCCAAACGAUUGCCUUAUGCGAAUGUCCAACAUUUAAAAGGGGACACAGAUGAGGCGAUGAUGCUAAAUGCAUUUCUUGAAGAUUAUGACAUAUUCCUAUUCACACCGCAAAUUCUUGUCAAUAAUCUGAACAAAGAUGUAAAAAGUUUGUCGGUAUUUUCAUUAAUGGUAUUUGACGAAUGCCACCAUACAAUCCGCAAUCAACCAUAUAACACACUUAUGAAGAAAUAUCUUUUGGAGAAAUCGAAUGGAAUAAAAAACUUACCACAGAUCAUUGGACUGACAGCAUCUAUUGGUACUGGAAGAGCCAAAUCAGAACAAGAUGCGCUUGAACACAUAUUUAAUGUAUGUGCAAGUUUGGAUGUAAGAGAUCUGUCGACAGUAGAAAAGCACAAAGAUGACCUAGCAAAGCAUGUCAGCAUUCCAAAAGAAGACAAAAUACCAAUGCAAGCGAGACAAACAGAUCAAUGUAAAAGCAUACUUUUAGUGGCAUUGAAGAAAACACUCGAUUUUCUUGAAGAUUUAGCAUGGACGGAACCGAAUUUGAUAGAAAUAAUGCACAAAUGUCCAAAGAAUAUUGAAGAAAAGGAAUUUGGAAAGUGGAUAUCGGACAUAAGUAAGGCAGCAGAAUCACUAAGAAGAGGUCGGGGAAGAAAUGUAGUCUCCUGUGGAAAAUAUCUUCAAAUCUACAACAAUGCUUUAGAGAUAAAUAGGUUACUGAGAACUACAGACGUUGCACUUUACCUUGCACGUCAACACGAGGAAGAAGCUGAACACCCAGAAACCUUUACAAAAGAAGAAUCAUGUCUGUUUGAAACCCUGAAAGAGGUACAAAAAGACUUAAGAAAAGUGAAGUCUGACAAUCCCAACGUGCACGUCGUAAGUAGUAUUUUAUCAAAUCUUUUUGCUGGAAAGGAAGCAGAUGCUAACUCUAGAGCCAUGGUUUUUGUGCAAACACGAGCAACAUGCAGAGCUUUGGCAGCUUUCCUCAACGAAGAGUUAAAGUCAAUAUACGUAAAAGUGAGUCCUCUAAUAGGAAAAGACACCAGAGGAAUUGAUAAAGGCAUGACUGAGGAAGACCAAACAAGAAUAAUAGAUGAAUUUAAGGAAGGUGAUUUCAAAGUGCUAGUGGCGACAUCAGUUGGAAUGGAGGGCCUUGAUGUACCUGACUGUAAUAUGACACUAAAUUACAACUUUAACGCAAACGAAAUUACCAAGAUACAAAUGUCAGGACGCAGCAGGAAAGCAAAGGGCACAGCAGUUAUGAUUGCUACUGACACUCAGUUCGAUAAAGACAGAGUAGUAAUGUACAGAGUUAAAUUAAUGGCGUGGGCAGUUGCAUUUUUUAAUAAUUUGGAUGCCAAGUCCAUUGAAAGACGAAUACUUACUGCGCAGAAGAAAAUCAUUGAUGACUAUAAAUGGCACCUACAAACAAUGGAGCUGUCUUACAACAGGAAGUCCGAUGUAAAUGAUUACGAAAUUCACUGUAAGAAAUGUGGCAAACAUAUUUGUAAUACUUCUAAUCUCCGGAAAUUAGAUACAUCUUAUAUUGUUGCCAUGCAAGGAUUUGAACAGAAAAUCCGAAGAGUAGAACAUGAAAGAAGUGUUAGUAUGGGUUUACUGAAGAAAAUAUGUAGGAUGUUCUGCACGCAUUGCUCUAAAGCCUGGGGAGUUAUUGCAAUUAAAGGGGACCUUGAAUUCUAUAUUCUCAAAUUAGAAAACUUAAAGUUUAUCUGUGAAAAUUCAAAUGAAUAUCAAACAUAUAAGAAUUGGUCAAGUAUGCCAUACAAGGUGACGGAAAUAAGAAAUUGUGACCUUGAGCGUUUAUACAAGCAAAAUGAAUAAAGAAAUCAAUGCACUCUAAAGGUGAUCAUCAUAAAUCCUUAUCUCUCUGUAAAACCACAAAUGUUUUUUUUAAGCAAUAUUCGGAUAUAUUAAUACUACAAUCACUGUGAUCUUAUUUAUAUAUUUGAUUCUGCAUUAUCAAAUUGAAUUCUGGUCAGUGUCUCUGGCAAAUAAAAUUAUGCUUUAAGUAAGAAUUUACAAUUUGUAAAAAUUGUCUUAAUAAGAUAGACGAUGAGUAGCGGGUGUUGUUAUAUAAUUAAAGGAUAUCGUUAAGUAUAUUUCUCUAUUGUUGUGUAAUGAAUGUAAUGAUUGUUUGCACCAUUUUCAUUAUUUAAUAUGAUUAAA